AUGCAGCUCAUGGGUAAUGAUGAAUUUGGUAAAUUUCCAUGGUCAUGCGCUGAUGUCUUGUGUCACAGUGAUUUCUUGGAACAGUACAAGGCUUUACGCUCGGGUGCUCGGCUUGCCCUGGAAACGAAUCGCACACUCCUUGUUCCCGCACUCGUUCUUUCUCCACCAUCGCCCAAGAAUGACACCGAUAACGAAUGGUUAACCACCAACGAGCCGUGGAUUGAAAUACCUUGGUCAAAGAUUCUUGACAUUGAAGCACCUCUUGAAGAGUUUGGCAUUCGCAUACGAGACAAGACGACUGAACCAGACCCUUCGCUUGUUCGAUGGAUUCAUAUUACUCGAUCAUCCAAGCCUGAAGCAAUCAAGGCAGAGGCGAUGAGUCGCUUUACGACAUGGUUACAGAAACCCCUGGCAACCUAUCCAACUACCUCACCUUUGCAAGUACAACAUGUCAAUCAUUUGGAGGAGCUUCGAGCAUUACGCGAACGCUACGUUCAUUGUGGAGUGAUUGCCAGUGGUAUUUUCAAGAAUGCUUUUAGCAAAGAACGCCAUCAAAUUGCCUUACACGCUGCCAUGUCACGACAUCUCUUGCUGAAACCGGAUGGAUUGGCAUUUAUCAAUCAAGCAGCACAAACCAUAAUCGAUAAACUAGGAGGACAACGUCAAUUCAGUACCUUGUUUCUUCAUCUGGCAAAGUACAUGUCGGUUGCCACCACCGCAAGCAAUGGAUCAACGAUUACAACUACUACUACAACAUCAUCAUCAUCAUCUCAUACCAUCAGCAGCAGUAGAACCAUGAAAAGCCAACAACAUCGCCGACGCCCAAUGACAAUGACUCCUGAACAAAAGGAGAUCCUCGCUUCUUUUCGACGACAUUUGAAAAAGACCAAAUCGCAUGCUAUGAAGGAUAUCGCAUUUGACAUUCUUAGCACCAUGUCCAUCGAUCAGAGCGUAGCAGCCGCCAUGCCCGUUCAACCCAAAACAUCACUCUAUGAGCAUUUGCCUGUAUGGAAAUCCAUGUUCCCUGAGAAACGAGAAUCACUAUUGGAUGCAUGUUUGGCGUAUCGUCGCGAUGUGGAUCCUGGUUAUCCGAUCAUUUACCUCGUCAGCGAUCUGGAUUUACAAUCAUCAACGGCAGCACUGGAUAUCUAUCGACCCCUGUUGGAUGCAUUUCCAUGCACAUUUUCCAAGGCAGACAUGUAUCAUUGGGGUACCUUGGAUAGGGAUUGGUGGCGAAAGGUACAUCAAGUCAUCUCCGCACGCAGUAGUAAUGAAUCGAACGACGCAAUGGAUUAUGAAGCACUACUAUUGCCCUUGUUGCAUUUAAUGGUUGGAGGACAAGGCUAUUCACAUGUAGAAAUCCCCUUUUCGGCCAUGGCUAAUACCGUCAUUUCCUUGCAACAAUCCAAUACCACCACCUCGUUAUAA